AUGGCGUUAAAAAAAAGUCAAAUACAAGAUAAUAUCCAUGUUAUAAGUGAAGUUUUUGAAAUAGUUAAAUUUCUUGGUCGUCAAAAUUUACCAUUUAGAGGUCCUAGAAACUCUGAAAGUCUGUAUAAGUGGAACGAUGAAGACAAUUUAAGCAAAGGCAAUUUUUUGGAGUUGGUUAAAUUUACAGCCAAACGGGAUGCUACAUUAUACAAACAUUUGAAUGCGGCUAUAAAAAACAGCAAACGCAGAAAAGACAAUUUGGAAAAAAAAUCAUUAAUUUCUUGUGGCAGGGGUUCACUUGUAACUUUAUUGUCUAAAACUACUGUGAAUAAAGUUAUUUUAUCUAUCGUGAAAUCGAUAAGAGAUAGAAUUAAAUUAGAAUUAGGUGAACAAAAUUUUAGUUUACAGAUUGAUAGUACACAAGAUGUUGGUGUUGUAGAUCAGGCAGCAGUAUGCAUCCGGUACAUUUAUGAAGGAGAAGUAAAAGAAAGGUUAUUUGCUUUAUUAAAAGUUGUCGAUUCAUCAGGAAAUGGCUACUAUGAUAUGUUAAAAAAACUUUUUUCUGAACAUUCCAUUAAUUUUAAUCAUAUUAUUGGUGAAUCAUUUGAUGGAGCAGCUAAUAUGAGAGGGGAGUAUUCAGGACUACAAUCUAAAAUUAAAAGUCAAGAAAAUCAAAAAAGUGUUUAUAUAUGGUGCUAUAGUCAUGUGCUUAGCUUAUGUGUAUGUGAUACUUGUAAAGGCGUAGAAGCUAAAAAACUGUUUGGAUUUUUGAAUCGAUUAUCAACAUUUUUUAGUGACUCUUAUAAACGUAUGCACAUAUGGUUAAGUGAAAUUGAUUCAAGUUUGGGGUCUAAUAAAUUGAAAAAACUUCAAAAAAUAGGAGAAUACAAUACGCGAUGGUAG